AUGACUGACUUUUUAACGGCGGUGUCUACCAAAAAGAUCAAAGACGACCCACCUCUGAUUCGCGAAGUCACGAGCCUGAGCAAACACGAAGAUGCAGCCACUAUCGCGUCGCCAAAAGAAGCUUUGGAUGCACUCAAGAACCGGCCCAGUCGAGAAACUUUCGGCAACGUCUUGAAGUACCUGAGUUCAGAUGGUUUCAGUCUCCUACUUCCGGAGCCACUCAACGCAAGCAUCGCGCAUCAACUCGUCAACGAUACCGUACCAAAUUAUUGGAGAGUUGUAAAGACAUCAGCCGACGCAAAGAAAUUAGGGAAGAUUCUCCGCAAUCCGACAGGUCUUGGCCAUCUGGUUACGCGACUACGUUCGCUUAUCACGGACAGCCGCCAGAAGAAAGCACCCGGUGAAGCGCGCAAUACAUCCGAGCAUAUCUCAGAUACGCUUGAUGUUUUGGACUUAGUGUUGAGAGGCGAUGAAACAACGCAUCUUAUACUGAAAGAUGUUCUGACGUUUGCCAAGAACCCGAUACAACAAAAGCUUAUUUGGAGAGAGUAUCUCGCGCAAGCUGUAUCAGGACGUCUUCUUUCUACCGCAGCUGAGGCCGAAGAUGUACUGAAGAAAGGUGAAGGGAAUUCUAGUUACAAUAGCUGGAUCGCGGCAGGCAAUGAGUAUGCAGCUUGGCUAGGACGCAACAUUGCCAAUCUGAUCGAACGUGGCGAUCUAACCGAGGAGUGUGGUGCUGCGGUUGUAGAAUUAUGCUCGAAGGCACUGAGCUUAGGUUAUACCGAUCGAAUUGUUAGUUCGCUUCUUACAACGUUAAUUGAUAAUGGCCGUGUCGAGCAUCUCACAACCCUUAUAUCUCAACUGAAGACGUUCGAGCAGCGGAAAUACAUGAACUCGUUCGUUGCAUUUAUUGCCAAGAAAUACUUCGCCACGGAAAUUGUGAGCAAGGAGGACGCGUCCAUUCCACCUUCCAAGACUGUAUCUGCUGCUGCUGCCCUGAUUCACACUCUCACCAAGGACAACGAUGUCUUGAGAGAGCAUCUGGUCUCGUCGCUUACGCGGUCAACAAUUCCUGCGCUUGACGAUGCACUAUCGGCUCGGAGAAGCAUUGUCGCUGCUUUGACUAAAGACGAAGAAAAGUUGCACACACUUCUAGAGGGCAUAAUAAAGCUGUUCGGUGACUCUGUAUACGUCAGGCAUACACCAGUCAUACAACAAGAAGCGCUUGCUCAAACUUUAGCCCUAUGCAGCGGCUAUGUCCAGCGCUCGCAACCCAUGUUUCUUAAAAUGAUGGCAAAGUCAAGCUAUCACGUCAACGGCAUGUCAAAUCGCAUCGGUGCACCAUCUACGCGAGCUCGCUUCUUGGGUAUCGCUGUUGGUAUUGCCAUCUCCAAGAUGGUUGACAGCCCAGAUCUACAACUAAAGUUUGAGCUGGAAGGUGCCGAAGAUGAAGAAGCGAAAUGGUAUCAACGCCUCACUGAAGUCGACGACAAGAUUGGAAUUGUCGCAGAUCUCAAGAGUCCAGAAGACAGUAUAGUUACUGUGAAAAAGGCCCCGCCAAAGUCUAAACUAGCCCCCAAGCCUUCAAAGGCUCCGGGUAUCACUGAAAUACAAGGCCCGCGGGUCAUUGAGGUCCUGUCGGAUUCCGAGGACGACGAUGCAGACUUGGUCAUGUACGACAAGCCAGACUCUGAUCCAGAAGACGACACCGAUGAUCCGACAGCCAUCAACCGCAACAAGCCCACUGCACCCGUGUACAUACGAGAUCUCAUAGCAGGUCUACGCGAUCAAGAAGAUUACGACAGACACGAGCUAGCUCUAGCCACUGCCGCGUCACUGAUUCGGCGCAAAGCAAACUUUGGCACUGAAGUCACCGACCACCUCGAAGAGCUAGCUACAAUACUUACAGGUUUGCAAGACAACUCCGAACUAGAAAGCUUCUCGCAGCAAAGACAGCAAUCUCUAAUUGCCGUUCUACUCGCGAAACCAGCGCAAAUGGCGCAAUGGUUCGCACGAUCCUUCUUCUCCGGCGACUAUAGCCUCCAACAACGCAUAGCCAUGCUCACAACCCUCGGUCUGGGAGCACGCGAGCUAGCCGGCAUGAAAGACUCCUCUACCGACAACCUGAUACCCGCAAAGCCCGAUUUCCCCAGCAAACAACUGCCCCCACACCUUCACAAGAUCUAUGCCGAAAACACCAGCGGGCCCUCCGUCGCUAAGAUCUCUAGCACCAUGGCGCGCGAGAUGCUUUCGCCCAUUGCAUCCCAGGCAGCCGACCAGCUCACCGGGCCCAAUAUACUGAAAGUACGGACUUUUAGCUCGCGCAUGGAGGUCGAGAAGAAGAGACACAAACCCAUACCGAAUGCGCUCGCGCAGAUUGUAGCUGAUAACUUCUUCUUCCCACUCACCGGGCGCUGGUGGCUGCAAGUGCGUGCGAAUAGCGACUCGAUAUACUCGUCUACGCACCUCCUUCCGCCGUUCUUGCAAACAUUGUCUAUCCUGCUCAACGCGUCGGGGCCCAAUACACUCGCUCUGCCACAGAUGACGCGCGAGUACUGGGAUCUCUUACUCUCGGUGCGUGGUCUUGCGAGCAAGGAUAAGAACGUGCUCAAUGCGGUACUGUUUGGUUUUCUGAUGUUGUUGGAGACGAACGAGAAUAAGGAGCGGGUGGCUACGGAGCAGGGCAAGGAGCUUUUGGAGACGCAGGCGUGGGUGAAGAUGGUAUUUGAUGGGUUAGGUGCUGGGAGUGAGGAGGAUGAGCGGGUGAGGGUGCUUGCGGCGGGUGUGGUGACCAGCAAAAAUUGCGCCGCCGAGAUCCCCGAAGGAAGCUCGUACGAAUCCAGUGCCGCGCUGUGCAAAUGCAGACCAGACUCGAAGAUCAGCCGAAACUUUGAGCUCGGUGAUCGCAACAAGGUUGGGUGGCUGCCUACGGGUGAUCUUCGGGUCCCGGGCGGGCAGUUGGCGGCGGCGGGGGAUAGCGGGUGA